CCCCGCAGGAAUCCAUCAUCCGAUAAUAGCGCGCGCUCUCGCCAUAAAUCCGGCAUGAACGUCGGCUUGUCAUUCCGUUCCUUUGCCCGUCGGCGACUUCUCUCUUCCUCAUCUCUUCGCGCUUGUACUCGUCCUCUUCGACCGCAACCGCUUCGCAAAAUGUCGUCUGAGCAGGGAUUUAAGCAGGCGCCGCAUAAGCUUUUGGUGAUCCCGGGCCCCAUCGAGGUCGCCGACGAUGUCCUCUACGCGAAUGCGCACCCAUCUAUGUCCCAUGUAUCUGCGGACUUCAUCCCCGUGUUUGGGGACUGUAUACGGAUGACGAGGGAGAUUCUGUACUCGAAGGACGCGCAGCCAUUCCUUAUUGCGGGGAGUGGGACGCUUGGGUGGGAUCAGGUUGCUGCCAACCUCGUCGAGCCUGGCGAGAACGCGCUCGUCCUGCACAGCGGGUACUUUGCGGACAGCUUUGCUGAAUGCCUCGAGACCUAUGGAGCGAAAGUCGACCAGGUGAAGGCGCCCAUCGGUGCUGCCGUCACGCAGGAGGAGAUCGAAAAGGCGCUCGAGGCAAAGAAGUACAAGAUCCUCACCUUCACGCACGUUGAUACGUCUACUGCCGUCCUCUCGGACGCGAAGGCGAUCGCAGCGACCGUCAAGCGCGUCUCGCCCGACACGCUCGUCGUGCUCGACGGCGUGUGCGCGGUCGCGAGCGAGGAGAUCCGCAUGGACGACUGGGGCAUCGACGUCGUGCUCACUGCGAGCCAGAAGGGGCUCGGGACGCCGCCCGGGCUGUCGAUCCUCGUCGCGAGCCAGAAGGCGAUCGGCGUGUUCGAGGCAAGGAAGAGCCCGGUGACGUCGUAUUAUGCGAGUUGGAAGAAAUGGCUCCCGAUCAUGUCCGCAUACGAGAAGGGCUCGCCGGCGUACUUCGCGACGCCGCCCGUGAACCUGAUCUACGCGUUCCACGCGUCGUUGUCGACGAUCACGCGCGGCGCGGUGUCGCUUGAGGAGCGCUUCGCGGCGCACAAGAAGGCGAGCGCGCGGGUGAAGGAGGCCGCGGCGGAGCUCGGGCUCAAGCAGCUGCCCCUCGACCCGUACUAUGCGGCGAAUGGGAUGACGGCGCUGUACUACCCCGAAGGCUUCACGGCGGCGAACACCUUGGGCCCGCUGGGCCAGAAGGGUAUCGUGGCUGCUGGCGGGCUGCACAAGGAGAUCAAGGACAAGUACUUCCGCCUCGGCCACAUGGGCAUCACCGCCGUCGAGCCGUCGCGCGGCGACGUCGACAAGGUCAUUGACGGCUUGAAGGCCAUCUUCAAGAAGGAAUGACUCGCGAAUGAGCUGGGGCCGGUGCCCCAUGCUCUGUUGUGAAAGGAGUGGA